GAUGUCAAUUUUCGGAUAACUGAAUCAUUAUCGGCUCACAAAGCCUCUCUGCAUGGGGAACUUUUCUUAUUCAGUCUUGCGAAAUCUCAGUCGACUGAGACUUCGUUAAGUCUCAGCCGAUGCUAUUUCUGUGAGAUCCCGCAUUAAGGUCGGUUCAUUUUUUUCUUUAGUUUUUUUUCUCUCUUGCAUGUUAUAUCGGUUGACCGAGACUUAGUUAAAUCCCAAUCGACUGAGACCUAGCCACACUCCUUAUUAUUACUUUCUGCCUAGCUAGUAUCCUCCUAUACUUAUUGUCUUUCUUUUAAGUUUCCAAAAUGGGUUCAAAAGAUAAAAUAAGAGCUCCAAAGUGCUUUCGAAAGUAGCAUCUUUGGAGUAAUAGUUUUUUUUCCCACGACUUCGACCAAUGUGAUCCUAUGAUGAAUAUUUGCCAAAGCACUCAAAACAUUUGCUAGUGUUUGCCACAAUUUUUUUCCAGAAAAUUCAUGCGGGCUCAUUUGAGCCCGAGCUACAUGUCCCAUUGCUAAUUUUCUUGAGGCAAUUCGUUUUUCCAUUUUUUUUAAGAGGAUCUUGCGGCAAUCUGCUUUUUAAUUUUUGGUUCCUUUGUCCCGUUAGACGUGAGGCCCACACAGCAAAUGGAAAUGCAGCCUCAGGCAGCGCUAGCUAAAGACGAACCAUCCAGAGCCCAAAGCCCAGCUAACGGCCCACCAUCCAGAGACAAAAUGGAGGGAAAACUUCAGAAGCGAGGGAAAAACUCCUUCCCGUCCCCAAAAAGCGCGCGCCACGCCGACGGAAACCCUGGUCGCGCGAAGCCGGCGAUGGUGGAACCACGCGCCGGUGCCGCUGCAGCCCCCUCCCUCGCCGCGACCGUCGCACUCCCCGCCCCCAACCAGGGCACCACCGCCGGCGCGAGGAAGCGGAAGGCCCUGGCGACGGAGAAGGCUCCGAGGAAGCCUCGCAAGCGGCAGGUUGAAGAACCGAUUCAGAUCCCUGUGUACUACGGAUGUAGAAAAGGAGAUUUUUCAAGCGUGCACGGCGGUGAUUUAGUUCAAGAUUGCCCAGCCAUUUAUGCAGAAAACAUAUGUGCGCACAUAAUCGGCGAGCUGCCGCUGCAGCCACAGUCGAUGUCACUGGUGGAUCUGCAGCUCUGGGUCUUCAAGCUGUUCAGGCUCCAUCCAGAAACACAAGAUCUCCAUGUUAAGGGGUUCCUCAAACAACGCAAAAAUGACCCGUAUGACGAAGAGGAUCCGGACUGGUAUUUGGAGUACUACCAGUGGGACACCCAUGAAUUUUACACCGACAAAUACUGGAGAUCCUUUGCAAAUAAAUUGAAGAAAAAGAGAAAUGUGACGCACAAGUUCAUGUUGUACGUGGAAUCCUCUGAGAUCAGGCACUAUGACAUAUUGCUCAAAGCAGUAAAUGAUGAUUACUCUCAGCAGGUGCCGGCUGUGUUGCCUGGGACGGAAAGCCUGGCAAGGUGUGAAUUCAGCUUCCGCUACCUUAAGGAACACCUGGCAGUUACUGCUGAGGAAAUGGCAGUUUAUCUCACUGGUCACUAUGGCGAGCAGGUUACUCCCGCUGAGGCGUGGAGGGCAAGACAGAUGGCUCUUGAGAAGGAAUUCGGUACCUUUUAUGAUUCAUACAACUUUGCCCCGAGGUUACUUAAGGAAAUAGCACGUAAAAACCCUGGUGGUUUUGUAGAGAUCAAAGAUUCACUGGUUUCAGGGUGUAAGGAUUUUCGAGUCCUUCAGCGUAUAUGUUGGGCGUUUGGACAAUCCUUACAGGCCUUCAGUGCCUGUCGCCCUGUGCUGUGCAUUAAAGGCACACCCCUAUGCGGGAAAUAUCAAGGGGUGCUGUUGACGGCUGUGGCAUUAGAUGCUAAUAAUUUCUCCAUUCCAGUAGCAUAUGCCAUCGUCGAGUGCGAGACAAAGGAAAGCUGGCUGUGGUUUCUUAGGAAUUUGGAGCGAGCAGUGGUUCAUCAAGCUGAUGUCUGCAUUAUACACGACUACAAAAAGGAGUUGAUCGACGCCGUAGAGGAUCUUCUGAAUUCCCGUCGACGACAAGGGCUGAAAGCAGAAAGCCGGUGGUGCAUGGAACACCUUGCUGAAAACUUCUAUGCAUAUUUUGGCGACAAGAACCUGGUGAUGAUGUUCAAGAAACUUUGUCAGCAGAAGCGACAACAUAAGUUCGAUAAACUCUGGAAGGAGCUUGAUGAGUUGACAUCCAAAUAUAUGGCAGAGAAAGAAUGUGGUGAAGUGCAGCAGGGGUCAGUCAAGCAUGAUGAGACAGAGCUUCAGGAGCAAAGCUCAUCCAGCCAGCCUCAUUCAGUGGAGGAUGGGAAGGAAGGAGAUCAAGCCGAUGACAGCAAAGGAAAGGUAACAAAGUUCUCUGAUUGGAUUCGUCUGAAACCAAUGGAGAAGUGGUCACUGGUGCAUGAUAGCAACGGAGCAAGAUAUGGCAUCAUGGGCACUGAUAUAACGGAUGUAUAUAAGAACGAUCCUGUAUUGAAAGGUAUAACUUGCCUUCCACUCAGUGCGAUGGUGGAGGUGACAUUCCUGCGCUUGGAAGAGUACUUCAGAAACACAGGUGACGCAGCAAACAAAGCAAUCGGCAACCCUUCAGUUAGCUUCCCGGAACGUGUCCAGGAUGACAUGAACUCCAAAAUGCAGAAAGCCGAGAUGCAUCAAGUUCUUGGGAGUGAAGAGGCUCUGAAAUUUACGGUGAAGUCGAGGCAGAGGCAGGUUACCGUAAACUUGAAGUCGGAAUAUACCCACAACAUGGAUAAGUCUAAAGGAUCCACAGCUCGAAAAACUGCUACCUGUUCAUGCAACAAGCCGCAGCUGCUUCACAAGCCUUGCUCUCAUGUCAUUGCCGUCUGUUGUCAUAUUGGGGUUAGUGCUGCUGAAUACAUGUCCCCAUACUACAGCCUGACUUGUCUAGGCAGGACCUGGAGUAAAAAAUUCAAUGAGUUCUCACGCAACUACAGAAAGAAUUUACCACGCUACUACAGAGAUGUUAGACCAUUUGAACGUGAAACACCAACUUGGAUCCCAGACAAAAGAUCGGAGUGUGGUUUUCCUGUUUAUCUGUUGUCGGACUGCGUACAAACUGCCGUUGUCGAUGAAGGGCAACAGUGCACAACUGAAGAUGAAUCAGUUGCAGGCAAUGAAUCAACAAAUGCACGCUCAGAAGAAUCAAGAACCUAGCCAAAUUUGAGCUUCUUUUAUCAUCUGUGAAACUCCAGGUUGUUCAUAUUUUGGACCCUUAAUAUCUGGUAGUUACUGUGCUUUAAGUUAUCCUAUAUGUAAACUCUGAACCUCUAGUAGUAUUUGCAGUACUUUC